CAAUUGAUCUACAACUAUCCUGAACAGCUUUUUUCCGAUGCUGGGGUUAUGGCUAUUGAACAUGCAGAUUUUGAAGGAGUUGAAAGACUUGCUCUUGUCACAGGUAAACAUACAUCUGAAGGAGAAACGUUUGGAAUUUCGUGUUGCCUAUGCCUUUUUUUCACAAGUACUUUGGGUAGACAGUGCUAAGGGCUCUGGGUAUUUAUUGAAUGACAUAUGUAUGGGAGAAAGCUGGCUAGUUAGGAGAUCAGGAGGAGUGUAUUGAGUAAUAGAACAAUGAUGAGAUUGAGGGGGUUAGGUGAAGAGGAAAGUGAGGGCAAGUGGAUCAUAUUGGUAAACAAGGGUAAAAGGUUAGGUGACAGUGUAGGGUUUGAAGAAGUAGGUGUUGUGGUUAGGUUUGGUGGAGAGCAUGCAUGAAAACUUACUCUUUGUCACCUUUUUAUUUUUUAAGUAAAUAUUUGCUGGAGGUCACAAGAUUAAUGGGCUCUCACUCCUUAAACGUUUUAAACAUUGGGAUCUGUUGUAAUCAUUUUAUAAAAAUGUAUGCUUCCUAGGUUAACUAUUUUUAUGAAAUCUUUAUGAAUGCAAAUUUAAAAAAAACAGAUAGGAGAGUGGUGAAAGUAGGAGUUAUUGAGGUUAAAAAGUAGGAGUUAUUGAGUUUGAAAAGUAUUUAAAUUGUAAAGAGAUCAACAGAAUGAAAUGUGGCCCAUUACUGUUCGUCUAUCAACAUCUUUGAAGACCAUUUUAAUGCCAAUGAUAUUUUGAUCAUAACAGGUGGUGAAAUUGUGUCAACCUUUGACUGUCCAGAGAAAGUCAAACUUGGAACUUGUGAUCUUAUUGAAGAAAUUAUGAUUGGAGAAGACAAGCUUUUAAAGUUCUCAGGUAUGCAUAACAUCAAAGAUUGUAUGUUUUUUACAAUACUUUGUUCAUAAAAUUAUUGGAUUCUUGUGUAGUUUUGUAUUUCAAGAUUUUAUCCUUGUUUUAAGUACAUUAUAUUGUUAUCUUUCAAAAACUUUUUUGUAUUUCAGGUGUGGCAUUAGGAGAAGCAUGUACUAUUGUGUUGCGUGGUGCCACCCAGCAAAUCCUUGAUGAAGCCGAAAGAUCUCUUCAUGAUGCUCUGUGUGUUCUGUCUCAGACUGUGAAAGAAACACGUACAGUAUUUGGAGGCGGUGAGUCAUCUUACUUUAACCAAAUUAUAUAAUGUUUCUUGUCAUCUUAAAAGUCAACUUUUCCUAAAUUUGAAGCUAAAUUAAAAUAUAUUGUUAUGGAAAUAAAGUUGCAAUUGAUUGAUUGAAUGCUAUUUUAGUAGUGUAAGAUUUUAUUAUAAAUAAAAAAUUAUAUAUACUUUUUUUCUGUAAGGCAAAAUUAGUUGUCUAUAUUGUUUAGUUUUAAUAAAGACCUAGACUUGGAUAGUUCAUUUAUUUUAGAGAAGCUUUAAACUAAAAACAUGACCAUUCAUCAUCAUUAUUGUUAUGGAUAGACUUAUAAUUAAAUAAUUUUAACAUACAUAGGUUGUUUUGAGAUGCUUAUGGCUGAUGCUGUGAACAAAUUAGCUGCUAAGACACCAUGAUAAAGCCCUCAGACAAGUGAGUUGCGUCAUUUCAGUCUGUGGUUAGUGCAAAUUUAUAAGUAGUUUUAUUUUUUUAAAAGUUUUAAAGCUUGUUUUUGCAGAUAAACUAAAACUGUGUUUCAUUUUCAGCUUCCAACUAUUAUUGCUGAUAAUGGUGGUUAUGAUAGUGCUGACCUGAUUGCUCAGAUGAGAGCUGCACACACCAAUGGCAAACACACCAUUGGGCUAGGUAUG